UACGUUGCAGUCAAUGGAAGACAAUGUUUAAACCGUAUACUCGAAUGGUUAAGGGAUAUUUACAAAAUGAACAUAAUAAGUUUUUUGUUUUAAUUUUUAAUAUUUUUUAAAUUAUUGUUAACAAUCUUAAAGACAAAAGUUUUACUUACCAUAUUAUUUAUUGAAAUGAACAUUAAGAUAGGGUUAUUUGAAUUUAUAUAUAUUUGUUUUCAAUUUAUUUGAACCAAAACAAAAAAAAAAUAUAUUUGUUUUUCAUUGGUUUUAAAGAAAUUAGCAAAUAAAAUGCAAUCCACACAAUAAAAUUAAAAAAAUUUAAGAUUUAGGUCAGACAACGAAUAGCCACGUAUUAAGAUGGGAUCUUGCUGUAGAAAGUUUGUGAAAUGCACUACUUGCGGCUUUUGUUGCAAAGGUCCUUACGGAUAUUGUUGUAAAGGGACUUGCGAAUAUUGUUGUAAAGAUUAUACAAAGGAUGCGAAAUGCAGAGAAGCUGUUGAUGACGUCACCAUUCCUUUAAAUAAUGAUGACGAAUUCGAUCAAAAUAUUGAAACAAACUGAUGUCAGCAAAGUUCAUAUGGCAACACACGACACCUCGCAACAAACAAGCAAACCGUGUAUUGCUGAUUCUUUACAGCAGACUGAUGUUAGCAAGGUUCAUAUGGCAACAAACGACACAUCGCAACAAACAAGCAAACCGUGUAUUGCUGAUUCCUUUCAGCAGACUGAUGUCAGCAAAGUUCAUAUGGCAACAAACGACACAUCGCAACAAACAAGCAAACAGAGAAUUGCUGCUACUUUUCAGCAGACUGAUGUCAGCAAAGUGCAUUUGACCUUAAGCGACGCUUUGCAACAAACAAGCAAACCGUGUAUUGCUGAUUCCUUUCAGCAGACUGAUGUCAGCAAAGUUCAUAUGGCAACAAACGACACAUCGCAACAAACAAGCAAACAGAGAAUUGCUGCUACUUUUCAGCAGACUGAUGUCAGCAAAGUGCAUUUGACCUUAAGCGACGCUUCGCAACAAACAAGCAAACCGUGUAUUGCUGAUUCCUUUCAGCAGACUGAUGUCAGCAACUUGCAUCUGACAACAAACGACACCUCGCAACAAACAAGCAAACCGUUUAUUGCUGAUUCUUUACAGCAGACUGAUGUCAGCAAAGUGCAUUUGACAACAAGCGACUUUGCGCAACAAACUCAGGCGAUACAAUCGAUUGAAUGUUCACAACAAACAAACCCAUGGAAUGACUGCGAAUUAGAGGAGGAUCCAGAGGCAACAUUUACCCCUGACCCAAAUAUCAUUGAGUAUGAAGAGUAUAUCGAAUUGCAAAAACAGGCUCAAAAACAAUUUGAUGAAAAGAGAGGCAUGCCAGGCUACUUCAAGCGUAUCAGCGAUCAGUAUGGCAUUAAAGGGAUGUUACAACAACUUCAAGACGAACUAUUGAAGUGGAAAAGCACUAAGUUGAAUAUUGCCAUCACUGGAAGAUCUGGUUCUGGCAAAUCUAGCCUAAUUAAUACGAUACGGGGAAUGGUACCAGAUCAUCCACUUGCAGCAAUGGUUGACGUUGUAGAGGCAACUGUUAAACCAAUGCCUUAUCCACACCCAACCAACAAAAAUGUCAUCUUAUGGGAUCUUCCUGGUGUCGGAACUCCGAACUUUCUGCGAAAAUAUUAUGAAGAAAAGGUACAUUUAAAGGACUUUGAUUUUUUUAUAAUCGUCGGCUGCAAACGUUUUACAGAUGACGACGCAUGGUUGACCGAGAUCAUUUUAAAAAUGAAGAAAAAAGUAUAUCUUGUACGGUCCCAUAUAGAUUCAGAUCUUUACAACGAGAAGAUUGAUCAUCCCACAAAGUAUUCUGAAAAAGAAUCCCUGGACAAGAUACGCAAGUCAACGAUAUCUAUGUUGAACGAGAUAUCUCACAAAUUAAGAUUCUACGAUGUUCCAGUUUUUCUGAUGUGCACAAAAAUGGCCUUCACUAAGAAGUAUGACUAUGAACUUUUUCAAGAAAAACUGGUUUAUGCACUGCCGGAAUUAAAACAAAAGGCCAUGGUGCUUACUCUCUCAGUUCUGACGCAAACAGCUAUCGAGCAAAAGGUGAAUGUACUAUUGGAACAGAUCGAAAUGAUAGGAUCUGCUUUUGGCUUCCUGGGCACAAUAACUGGGAUAUCUACAUUUUGGCAAUGGUUUCAAAAGGACACUAUCAUCCAGGAACAAAUCCAUCAUUUUAGAACACAGUUGGGUCUCGAUGAAGACACUCUACGGGAAAAACAAAUUGAUACGAAAUGUUUUGAAUUAACAACUAUCCCAUAUCUGAAUUUGGAAAAAUACAGGCGCUCCGCUGCGAAGACUGCUCGAUUCUGGACGCGAAGUAGUGCUGCCGAUAUUUUGAAAUUGGUGCUAUUAGAUAUGAAAAAGGAUGCAUUAAAAAUAUAUGGGAGUGAAAAUACACAACACAAAUAACUGCUAGCAUUUCAUUAUCGCAAAUUUUUCGGACAACUUGAUAACAAUAGCUGAAAUGUUAUAUGAAUGAAUGAAGCGUCGGCACUCCGGUACCAGGAUAAUUACAUGGGCAACGGAUAUAAAUCAUUUGAUUUGAAAAUUUAUGCUGCCGUGCUUAAGACAUGUUCGAAACGGAUACCUAAUACACACCGCAUUUUUAACAGAUAGGAUUAAAGCACACAUGCGUGUGAAUUGAGUCGUAUGGGACAAUUUGGAAUGAACUAGUUUUAUUUCCAACGAAUUAUUUCAAUCGUAGAAGAAUUGCUUAAAAAGACAGAUGUAAUUGAAACAUUUGUCUAGGUAACACUACACUAAGGCUGCAUUCGAUUUAAUUAAUCCGGGAUGAUUUCCUAUACGGGUGUGAUAGCCUUCUAUUCACUUAAAUCGUGUGAUGCAUACAAACCAUACUCACGCUCUCAAGCAAUUGGCUUAUAUAUCAUUCGCAAUACUUGUGUGCAAAUGUUUUAGACCAUUUCUAAACAUAAUCGUAAAUGAUAUGUUAAUAGUUCAGAGAUUUUGUAAAUAAUACGAAAUUGUUGUACGCAUAGAAAGUAUGUCCAAUAACAAUCAUGAUAUCGUCAUUGUUAUUGCUUCCGCCUUAAGUGACCAUAUAUUAUGUUCCCUAAAUAAAUGCCCAGAAUGUUACAUUUCUUUUUGCCUGACAAUUUCUUAUUCAUGUUCGUACAAAAGCAUAAUGAUUUUUUCCUAUCUUGAAGUGAUAAGUCUUACUUUAGUUUUACAGAUCAUUUUAGCCGUUUUUUUAACAAAACAAUGCUUUUAUUAAAUUUUAAUGGUAUUUGAAUGUUUAUCUUGUCAACCCUCAGUGUAAAGCUGACAAGAUCGCUGAUUUUGACAUAUCUUGUAUUUUGAUAAUGUUUUGUUCUAUGUAGAACAGCUCAUUAACAUAUGCAUCUGUAUAAUAAUAUUAAUUUAUGGUUUAUUGUGAUGAUAUUGUUUCAUAUUUGAUAAGUUUUCCAAUAGUUCAGUGAUGAUGAUGAUGAUGAUGAUGAUGAUGAUGAUGAUGAUGAUGAUGAUGAUGAUGAUUUUCAUAGUUUGCCAUAAAAUCACUGUUUAACAUGACAUAUAUUCAAUUUUGCAUAUAAUAAGCGUUGUUAACCUUUAUCAGUCGGAAAAGACAUAAUUUUAGGCUUAGGUAAGAUAGGUAGUUCACGUUUAACGAAUUGCAAUAUCGAAGAUGGACAGAUGACCAUACAGGAACGUAUGUACCUGUGACAGUUUAAACAAAUCAGUCGAUAUAUUUUUUCACUUUAUAUUAGAAUAUAAUUUAAUCUCGGAAAAAAGGGUAUCAUUGGAUAAAGGUGCAUAUUACAGGCGAGGGUUAAUAUUUAGAAUUAAUAAAGCAACACCGUUUACAAUUUGUUUGUGUUACGUCUUCGCAUAUGCAUGUUAAAUUAGGAUACAUUUCGUAAUUCGUUGAUGUGGUAAAUAUUUAGAAAAAGUAUACAUGAUAUAGUAUUUCAAAUAUGAAAAAGGCACACAAACCUGUAAAUAUCUAGCUAUUUAAUAGAUGUUUACACUCUGUGUUUCACAUGUAAAUGAAUGUUCGAAACAACAUUGGUUUUCUAGUUUCACGAGAAUGUGAAUACAUAUAUCAUAUCUAUGUGUUCGAAUGUUAUAUGCUUAUGUUUCGUUUUGUUAAUAUAUGUAUGGUAUGUCAAUAUUGUAGUCAUGCAUGUUACAUAUUACAACUUUUGUUUUAUUAUGUUAAGAUAAUCUUGCGCUUUACCAUUCGUUUGUUUUAACUGUGCGGUUUAGUUUUGCGAACAUUAAAACGGAAAUUUAUCUCUGAAAAACUUUAUUUUGAU